AUGGGGAGUUUUAGGUCGGUGAGGGAGGAGCGGGAGGCAGGAAGGGGAGGAGAGGAGGGUGAGGAGGAGAGGGAAGCGAGGAUGGAUGUGUGGAGAGAGGUGAUGGGGAAUUACUGGGAGAUGAGAGGGGCGGGCGCGUUCGGGUAUAGACAUGCCGACAGACAUGCAGAGAGACGUGAGGAUACACACGAGGACAGGGAUGAGGAUAUAGAUGAGGAGGGUAUAAAUAUGAAUGGCAAGGUGGAUGCGUAUAAGGGGGGAGAGGGCCGGAUGGGUGGUGCGUCACAAGACUCACAGAUGCUAUUGUAUGACAAUUUGGGAGAGAGUGUGAGUGGCAAGGUUGGGGAAGAGUAUGAGGAACAGGAAGAAGAGGAGGGCGGUUUGGAGGUUGAGGAUAGGGAGGACGGGCAUGAGGAAGAGGAGGAGGAGGAGAACGAAGAGGAGGAGGAGGAGAACGAAGAGGAGGAUGGGAGGGUGGUUGUGGUGUUCAAAACUGCAACCCGAGCUGCUGAGAUCCACGUGGAGGAGAGUGAUAGGGGCAGUGCGGAUCACUCUGCUGACGUGGCGAGUGAUUUGAGUGAGCACGCGCUGUACAAUGCUGAAGAUGAUGUGGCAGGUGCUGGUAUUGUGACACGUGGGCGUAGCACACAGGAGGAGAGUGGAGAGUGGGAUGUGCCAAGGGAUUUGGAGCAGGAGAGGGGGACUGUCGGGGGAGUGGAGGAUGAGGGUGAGAGGGUCAAGGUGAGUGGAAAAGCAGGAGCAGACAGUGAUAAUAUUGGUGGUGGGGAUGAUGGUGCGGUGGCAUCUCAUGUCUUAUCUGAUGGGGUACACGAUAGUGAAGAGAAUGAUGAUUCGGGGGACAUCCAUGGUAGUGUGUAUGAGGAUCAAGAAACGGAGGAGGAAGGGGUAGAAGAAGAGGAGGAGGAGGAGGAAGAGGAGGAGGAUGAGAGGGUGGUAGUGGUGUUUAAGACAGCAACCAAGGGGAAAACGGAUGAGGAGGAAGAGGAGGUGGUGGGAGAGUCCACGACUGAGAAUGGGUCACUGACUGAGGGCCCUCUGGAUACGGAUACUGAGGAUGUUGAUAACGAGUAUGAGGACAACGAGAGGGUGGUUGUGGUGUUUAACCGGCCGAGAACUGGUGAGAGGAGGGACCAGGGGGAGGAUGAGAGGGAGGAUGAAGAUGAUGGGGAGGAUGAAGAUGACGUGUUGCUAGGCAGUGUGGUUGGGGAUGCGAUUCUGACAGGAAGUCAAAUGGCCAGCCAGACAAGCAGUUAUGCUGGUGAGGAGGAGGGUUGGGAGGCAGGAGAAGAGGAAGAGUUGAUUGCUGGUGAUAAUAGUGAAGAAGGGAGUUUGGAGGAUGGGGAGAGGGUGGUGGUUGUGUUUAAGAAGGCAACACAUGCUGAGAAGGAGGAGGAAGUAGAAGAUGAGGAGGAGGUGGAGGAGGAGGAGGUAGAGGAGGAGGUUGGAGGUAUUAGCGAGGAGGGGAGUCUGGAGGAUGGGGAAAGAGUGGUGGUCGUGUUUAAGAAGGCAACACAUGCUGAGGAGGAGAAGGAAGAGGAGUUAGAGGAGGAGGAGGAGGUAGAGGAGGAGGAGGAGGAGGAGGAGGAAGUAGAGGAGGAGGUUGCAGGUAUUAGCGAGGAGGGGAGUUUGGAGGAUGGGGAGAGAGUGGUAGUGGUGUUCAAGAAAGCAACACAUGCUGCGAAGGACGAGGAGGAGGAGGAUGAUGAAGAGGAGGUGGGAGAGGGACGGAGGGUGGAAGAGGAAAUGAGUGAGGAGGGAGGAGAGGGACUGAGGGAGGAGGCAAGGAAGCAUGAAGACGGGCAUGAGGAGGAGGAAGAGGGGGAGGAAAAGGAGGAAGAGGAGGAGCAGGAGGAGGAAGGCUAUGGGGAGGAGGAGGAUGAGGAGGAUGGGGAGAAGAGGAAGGAGAUUGAGCGAUGGAUAGAGGUGGCAGAGAUGGAAAUGGCACAGACGAGCCCGCAGGGGGGAGUUAGCAGCAGGCGUAGUGGCAGCGGGGUGAGCAGUAUUGACCUGAGCUUCAGUGUUGACUUGAGCAGAAGCAGGAGCAGGAGCAGGAGUCGGAGCGAUAGUGGGAGUAGGAGCGAAAGUGGGAGCAGUGGCAGUGGAAGUGGGAGCGAGGGGAGUGAGAGUGGAACAGAGGCGAGUGGGAGUGAGAGAGAGAGGGUGAGGAGGGAGAGGAGUGAGGCGAGUGAGGAGGGCUUGGAAGGGAGUGAGAGGAGAGUUGGGAGUGGGAGUGUGAGUGGGGGUGGAAGCAAGCGGUCGGGGAGGAGUAGUGUGAGUGAGCGACAGAGUGACCAUUUGGUUGAGAGAAAGGUGGAGACAGCGAGUGUUGGUGCGAGUGAGAAAGCGAGUGAGGAAGGUAGUGAAGGUGAGAGAGGGAGCUUGAGCAAGAGUGAUAGUGGCAGUUGGAGUGAAACGAGGAGCAAGCACAGUGCCACCGGCACUGCUACCGAAAGUGCUACGAGCAGUGUUACUGGCAGUGUCAAAAGCAGCGCUGCUGACAGUGCUGCAUGUGGUAGGAGUCAGAGUGGGAGUGAACGAGCGAGCGAGAAAGCCAACAGCAUGAGGAGCAGUUCUGAUAGCAGUGGUGAGAGAGAGAGGAGUGACAGUGAGCGUGAGAGAGUGGUGGAGGAGACUUUGAGUGAGCAUGAGAGUGUGCAUGAGAGUGUGGGGAGGAGUGUGAGUGAUCAUGAGACCACCACAGCAGCAUUGACAGUCAGCGCAGCAGCUCGCACAGUCAGCGCAGCAGCCUCGCACAGUCAGCGCAGCAGCUCGCACAGUCAGCGCAGCAGCUCGCACAGUCAGCGCAGCAGCUCGCACAGUCAGCGCAGCAGCUCGCACAGUCAGCGCAGCAGCUCGCACAGUCAGCGCAGCAGCUCGCACAGUCAGCGCAGCAGCUCGCACAGUCAGCGCAGCAGCUCGCACAGUCAGCGCAGCAGCUCGCACAGUCAGCACAGCAGCACACACAGCAGGAGUGCAAGCAGCCAUGCUCGCAGCAGUAGCAGCAAAAGCGAUGCGUUCAGUGCUGCAAAGAGCGAGGAGACAUCUGCUAGUGAGCGUUCUGAGACGACCCAGGACUCGCUCAGUGGAGCGAGUGGGGAUGCUUCAGCCGCUGUGGGCAGAGUUGGUAGCACAACAGGCAGUUUGAGUGGCAGCAAGAGCAAGCACAGCAGGGGCAGUAGUGUAAGCAGGGGGAGCAGUGUAAGCAAGGGGAGCAGUGUCAGCAAGAAAAGCAAGGGAAGGAGCAGGGAGAGCAGUGUUAGCAAGGAAAGUAGGAGGAGCAGUGUAAGCAGCCCUAGGUCGGAUGGGGACAGCUAUGACGGUGGUUCGGGGAGUGGUGCUAGUGACAGGGAGGAAGAGAGGAUGAGUGGGGAAAUGGAAGAGAGUGGGGUAGUGGAGGAGAGUUGGGUAGUGGAAGAGAGUGGAGUAGCGGAAAGUGGUGCAAUGGAGAGCUGGAGUGGGGUGGAGGGGUUAAGUGACGAGGAGCAAGGGAGCGAGGUCCAAGAGGCUCAAGCACACGGGAGUGAGGAGCGAGGGGUGGAAGGGCAGGAGAGUGAGGAGCGAGAGGCUGGAGAGCAGGAGCGUGAGGAAGAUGGUGUGGAUGUGUGGAGCAGUGAGAGUGACGCAUGGCCUGAGGCAGAGGGAGAGGCGAGAGAAGAAGGGGAAGGGAUAGUGCCAGCACCAGAAGCUGUGAGUGGGGAUGGUGCAAGGGGUGUUGUGGAGAGUGAUGAGGAGGAAGAUGGGACAAGCUGGGUUACCAGCAUCGUAUCUCCUCUGCAGCAGGAGAAGGUGGCCCCUGGACACGUGGUGGAUGCUGAUUGGACGGAGGAGCUGGGGGAGGAGCAGCAGGUGGUGCAGGUGCCAGGAGCAGAGGGUCAGGUGGAUGGUCAGGUGAAUGAUCAGGUUGGUCAACAAGCAGGUGAGCUACAGCAGCAGCACCAGGAUGAAAGGGAGGUAGCAGCAGCAGCAGCGGCGGCAGCAGCAGCGGCAGGCAGAGCGGUUGCUGAGAACGGGGCAGGGGUGGGCAAGGAUGGAAUGUCACGUUCAAUAGAAGGCGAUGGGAUGAUAAGGCAGACUGGCGAGGAUGGGGUGAUGAGGCAGAUUGGCGAGGAUGCGUAUGUGUACGAGAUGGGGGAUGGUGUGCGAGGAAAGAGCAAGGAUGAAUCGGCACGUUCAGCAACAGGCGAGGACGGGGUUAUUCGGCAGAUUGGCGAGGAUGCGUAUGUUUAUGAGAUGGGGGAUGAUGUGGGAGCAUGUGAGGAGCUGGAUUGGAGCAGGGAUGUGGGCGAUGGGGGGGUGGGAAUACCGGGGUGGUCGGGUGAUUGGACGAGGGAGAGUGAGGUGUGGAAUGUGGGUGGAACGAGGGAUGAGACUGAGGUGCUGGGGGCGAGUGGUGUGAUAGCAGGUGGUGCUGCCAGUGUUGCUGCCAGUGGCGCUGCCAGUGUUGCUGCCAGUGGUGCUGUCAGUGGCGCUGUCAAGUUGGACGGACAGAACGAGGAGGAGAGAGAGGAGAGAGAGGAGAGAGAGGAGAGUGAGGAGAGAGAGGAGAGAGAGCAGAGCGAGGACAAGAGAGAGGAGAUUGGUGAGGAGAGAGAGGAGAUAGCGGAUGAGAGAGUGGAGAGAGGGGACGAGAGAGAGGGGAGCGAAGAGAGAGAGGAGAAGGGGCUGAGAGAGGAGAGAGAUGACGAGAAAGAGAAGGGGGCAGAGGUCAAGGAAGAGGAGGAUGUGGGGAGGGAGGACGAGGAGGUGAGUGAGGAGGAGGUGGAGAGGGAGGAGGAGGUGGAGAGGGAGGAGGAGGAGGAAGGGGCGAGGGAGGAGGAGGUGGAGGAGGAGGAGAGGGAGGAGCAGGUGAGGGAUGAGGAGAGGGAGGAGGUGGAGGUAGAGAGGGAGGGGGAGGAGGAGGUAGAGAGGGAGGAGGAGCUGGAGAGGGAGGAGGAGGAGGAGGAGGAGGAGGAGGAGGAGGAGGAGGAGGAGGAGGAGGAGGAGGAGGAGGAGGAGGAGGAGGAGGAGGAGGAGGAGGUAGGGAGAGAGGGAGAGGACGAAGGGGAGGAGGAGUGGAGUGACAUGAGCGAGGAGGAGUGGAGCAGCAUGGAGCUAGCGGCCACCCAGUCCCCCUUCCCCGCCGCCUCCCCUCUCCCCUCCGCCAGCCCCUACGCUGCUCUCUCCCCACUGCCCUCCGCCACCCCAACGAGUGCAGGCAUGGGUGCGCCUCUGGAUAGUGUUGCGGUUAGCCUGGCGCUGCAGCAGCAGCAACAGCAGCAGCAGGAGCAGCAGCAGGAGCAACAGGGGCAGCAGGAGGAGCAGGAGGGGCAGGAAGCAGAGGGCCUGGCAAUCAAAGAGGCGGAGGAGGAAGACGAGAAGGAGGAUGGGGAAAGGGAUGAGGGGCUUGAAGGGCUUCAAGGGCAGAGCAGCGCCUUCGCGUUUGCCUCGGGCAGUGAUUCCUCUGUGCUGCCCCUUGCCAGUCCUAUGGCGCUGCCUCAAGAUCGAGCUGCUGUUGGUGGGGGUUCAUGGGCGGAAGAGACUCAGCAAAAUCGAAUCUUUGGAAGCUCACUUGGUGGUGCCGUUCCUGUGUCUCAACGCACUCCUGCUCUUACCACCUCUGCUGCUGUGCCGCGCUCCGUUGCUGCUGCCGAUCUUGCUGACGUGGCGAAUGCGCAUCAUGCUGACGUGGCACGUGCUGGGUCGGGUGCUCCACGUCAAUGUGAGAUCCCUGUUUUGGAGGCACGUUCGAUUCCAGCUGGCAGCUCACCUGAUAUGGCACUGGAUAGAGCACCUGAUUCGGCACCAGAUAGGGUACCUGACAAAGCACUUGAAAUGGCACCUGAAACUACUCCCGAUGUGGCACCUGAUUCGGCACCUGAGAAAAGAUCUGCCUCUGUUGAGGUGCUUCCUUCAGGUGCUGUCUCUGUUGUGUUGCCUUCAGGUGCUGUUUCAGUUGUGCUACCUUCAGGUGCUGUGUCUGUUAUGCUGCCGUCAGGUUCUGUCACUGUUGCACUGCCGUCAGGUGCCGUCUCUGUUGGUUCAGGUGCUAGCCCUGAUCCGCGUGCUGCAAAUUCUCCUGAGACUGCGGAAGCGAGAAUGGAUCAAGGUGAGUGGGAAGAUCUUAGGGGGACAGAGGUGGAGGAGGGGUCAGAAGGAAAGGGGAGUGAGAGUGAUGAGGAGGGGAAGAGUGAUGGGAAGGAAGAGAAAGCAAGUGAGGACGAGAGUGAGGGAGAGGGUGAGAAGUGGGAGGAAUCUGAGGAGUGGAGUGAUGUUGGUGAUGCAGUAACCAGUGAAGCCGGUGAUGUGGUCACCGGCGAUGCUGGCGAUGCUGUAACCAGUGAUGCUGGUGAUGCAGUAACCAGCGAUGCUGGUGAUUCAGUAACCAGUGAGGCUGGUGUUUUGGUUACCGAAGUUGGUGGUUUGAGCGUGAGUAGCACAGAAAGGACGGCUGAGGAGGCAGUAAAUUGGGCAGAAGAGAGUGAGAUGAUGGCAGACAAAGAUGGUGGGGAGGGAGUAGUGAGUGAGGACUGGAGUGAGAGGGAAGAGAGCGAGGAGGAAGGGUUUGAAAAAGAAAAGAGUGAGGAGGGAGGGAGUCAUAUGGAAGGGAGUGAAAGCGAAGGGAGUGAGAAGGAAGAGAGUGAGAAGGAAGGGAGUGGGAAGGAAGGGAAUGAAGAGGGUGAAACCAGAGAGGAGGAUGCAAGAGCAUCAGAGGAAGCGCAAUCUAUGGCCCUUGGCAACGCAGCCGGCAGAGUGCAAGAGCAAGGCGCUGUAGAAAUUUCUGAGGCGCCUCAGAAGUCUAUAGGCCUUGAUGAUGCAGAUGGCAGAGUGCAAGCACAAGGAGCGGUAGCAGCAGAGGAAGAGGGUUCGAUAAGGCCUCUGGCAACGCUCAUGGCCCAGAGGUCAUGGCCGGCAGUCGCUGCUCUGGCCGUGGGAGGGGGUGGGGUGGCAGCAGCACAGGCUGAUGGGCUGGUGGCAGGAGGUGACUGGGAGAGCGAGGAGUGGAGUGAUGUGGGGUCCGGUGUAGGUGAGUGGGAGGAGGAGGUUGUGGGAUCUGGAAGAGUGGAGGGAGAGAGUCAGGGAGAGAGUGAGGGAGAGGGUGAGGGAGGGAGUGAGGGGGUUGGUGAGGUGGAUGGAGAGAGUGAGGGUGAGGUGCGGGAUGGAGAGAAGCAGGAGGAUGAAGUUAGCAAGGGAGAGGAGAUUAGAAUGGAGGAUGGAGAUGGAAGGAGUGAGGAGGCUGAAGAGGGGGGAGAGGAGAGAGAGGAGAAAGAGGGUCUGCAAGGAAGCAGCGCAGACAUCGCAGGAGAAGUAAAUCUGCCAGCUGAUGAGAGUGAGAGGCAUGUGGGUAGGAAGGAGGAGCAGGAGGAGGAGGAGGAGAAGGAACGGGAUGAGAGGGAAGUGGAUGGGGAGAGGGAGCGGCAGGGACAAGAGGAAGUGGAGGCUUCACACAGAGAGGAACUGGAGGGUGUUGCUGAAGGAGGGAGGGUGGAGGAGGGAGAGGAAGGGAGAGUGGAGGAGAAAGUGGAGGAAAAAGGGGUAACGGAAGGGAGGGUGGGGGGUGAGGGCAGAGAUGCACAUGCAGAAGGGAGUGAAGCAGAGGAUGGGAGUGAGAGUAGAAGUGAGUGCAUGAGUGGAAGGGAGAGUGAUAACAUGAGUGAGAGAGAGAGUGAAAGCGAAGGUGAGAAGGAGAGUAAGAGCAUGAGCGAGAGGGAGAGUGACAGCAUGAGUGAGAGGGAGAGUGAUAGCAUAAGUGAGAGGGAGAGUGAUAGCAUGAGUGAGAGGGAGAGUGAAGGUAAGAGGGAGACAGAGAGUGACAGUCUGAGUGAUGGGGAGAGUGAAAGCGUGAGUGAGAGGGGGAGUGAAGGUGAAAGGGACAGGGUGAGUGAAAGUAUGAGUGGGAGUAGAAGCGAGAACGGGGCUGAGAGUGAGAGUGGAAGUGAGAGGGAUGCUGGAAGUGAGAGUGAAAGUGAGAGGGAUGCUGGAAGUGAGAGUGAAAGUGAGAGGGAUGCUGGAAGUGAGAGUGGAAGUGAGAGGGAUGCUGGAAGUGAGAGUGAAAGUGAGAGGGAUGCUGGAAGUGAGAGUGGAAGUGAGAGGGAUGCUGGAAGUGAGAGUGAAAGUGAGGGGGGGGCUGAGAGUGAGAGUGCAAGUGAGAAGGGAUCUGAGAGUGAGAGUGGAGGUGAGAGGGGGGCAGAGGGCACUGGCGCUGUAGCAGGGGGCACUGCCAUUGCAGGAGGUGUGGCCUUUGAGUCGACUGAAGAAGAGAUCGCAGAAGGCGCAGCAGCUGGCACAGCAGAGGCAGAGGCAGAGGCAGAGGCAGAGGCCACCACGACAGGCAGUGCAGUGCCGGACGAGCCUUUCGUGUCCAGCGCCCUCCUUGCCACACAUUCAAUCCCUGUCUCCACCACUGUCGCAACCAUUCCUUCUGCUCCUAGUGUUUCCACUGCCCCUACUGCUCCCUCAGUUUCCUCCCGCGCUGCCAACUCUUGGAUCCGCCCUGCACAGCCUUCUUCCCACUCCGACUCAGGCUCGGACUCUGACUGGUCCGACUCCGAACCUGCGCCCAAGCCUGUGCCCAUCCGAGCCUGGAGGGCAGGCAUGGCGAGCGCAGCACUGGCUCCUGCGCCUGCCGCCUCUCCUCCCCCACAAACUGCAGCGGUGGGGCGACUGCAGAGUGACUUCCUGAACCGCUUCCAGCAGCAGCAGCCGGAGGAGCAGCAACAGCAGCAGGCCUCUGAGGCUCCCCUCACACCUCCACAGCAGCAACAGCAGGCAUCUUUGAAUUCCGCUGCACUUGUGGACUCUUCUGCUGAUGUGGCGCAGGCUGCUGAUGUGGCGCAAGUUGCUGAUGUGGUGCAACCUGUGGACAUGAAGCACGCAGCUGAGGUCAAAGCAGGUGACAAGUCAGAAUUACCUGCUGGUGGUGAUGAUGUGAUUGCUGAUAAGGAACAGUCUGCACAUGUGGUAUCAGCUGCUGACGUGGCACCCCCUGCUGAUGUGGACGUGGAGGGUGAUUCCAGACCAUCUUCUCCAGAGGGGUCAGCCACCAGCAUCAAAGAUGCUGCUGAUGUGGCAGCUGAGUUGGAUGCUGAUGUGGCAGCUGAGGUGGCUCUGGAUGCAGCUGGAGGUGCUAGUUUGCUGCUGGCAAGUGAGUUGGUUGCACCUGUGCUGCAGACGAGAGGAGAGGCCGAGGAGGUGGAAGCAGAACAGGAGAAAGCAGAUGUAUUUUCGGGACCAGAUUCUGAACCUGACUCUGAUUCUGAACCUGACUCUGAUUCUGAACCUGACUCUGAUUCUGACGUGGCUGCUGAUGUGCCUGUUGACAUGGCUGCUGAUGUGUCUGUUGACAUGGGUGCUGAUGUGUCUGUUGGCGUGGUGGCUGAUGUGGCUGCUGACAUGGCUCUGCGAGUGCCUGGAGGUGAAACUGCAGUGGUGCCAUCUCCAUCACGAUCAGACUCCGAGUCUGACUCUUCUUUCGGAACUGAUGUGGCUGCUGACGUGGCCGCUGAUGUGGCUGCUGACGUGGCCGCUGAUGUGGCUGCUGACGUGUCGUCUGAUGUGGCACCGUGUGCGGCUGGAGGUGAGACUGCAGCACUGCCAUCCCCAUCUGGACCACACUCUGAGGUUGACUCUGCACCAGAAGCUGAUGUGGCUGCUGACGUGGCUCUGCAUGUGUCUGACUGUGAAGCUUCAGCUCUGCCAUCGCCACCAGGAUCAAACUCUGACGUUGACUCUGCACCGGAACAAGAGAGGGUGGAGGAAGAGACAAGGAGUGAGGAUGCUGAGAGGGAGGAGGAAGAGACAAGGAGUGUGGAGGCUGAGAGGGAGGAAGAAGAGACAAGGAGUGUGGAAGCAGAGUGGGAGGAGGAAGAGACAAGGAGUGAGAAAGCAGAGAGGGAGGAGGAAGAGACAAGGAGUGAGGAUGUAGAGAAAGAGGAGGAAGAGAGGGGGAGUGAGAAAGCAGAGAGUGCGGAGGAAGAUGGGGGUAGUGAUGAUAAAGCAAGGCUGCAGGAGGUUGAAGUAGAGGUUAUAGCGAUGGGUGGGGCGGCAGUUGUGGCUGUCGCGGUGCUUGCAGGGGUGGAUGGGGCGGCAGCGGACGAGGAGGGUGAGGGGAUGCUGGGAGCAGUGGAGGGCAGGGAGCCGUUGGGGGCGGAGGAGGGAGAGGAGAGUGAGGAGGGUAAGGAGAGUGAAGAAGCUGGGGAGAGUGAGGAGAGUGAGGAAGCUAAAGAGGUGAAGGAGGCUAAGGAGGAGCAUGAGGAGGCCGAGUCACAUUCUGAUGAUGCUGAGUCACGCUCUUAUGAUGCUGAGUCACAUUCGGAUGCUGAGUCACGCUCUGAUGCUGAGUCACGCUCUGAUGCUGAGUCACGUUCUGAUGCUGAGUCACGUUCUGAUGCUGAGUCACGUUCUGAUGCUGAGUCACGUUCUGAUGCUGAAUCACAUUCUGAUGCUGAGUCACGUUCUGAUGCUGAGUCAUGUUCUGAUGCUGAGUCGCAUGCUGAGUCACUUUCGGACGCAGCUUCUGCAGUCGCUGUACCUCAGUCUCCUGCGGCACCUCAUUUGCCAGCUGGGGAUGAAGCAGCUGCUCCUCUCAGUGCUACCUCCUCUCCUACCUCUGCCACCCAGUCGGGCUCACCUGCUGUGCCUGAAGCUGCUGCUGCUCCUGAUCUGCCUGCUCUGCCUGAUUCUCCUGCUGCAUCUGAGGCGCCUGCUGUGGAAGAUUCUCCUGCUGCACCGGAAUCACAUGCCAUACCUCGUUCACUUGCCGUGCUUGAUUCACCUGCGGGGGGGGAUGAGCCACCUGAUUCUCUCAGCUCUGCCUCCUCUCCUGCCGCUGACACCCAUUCGGUGGUUCUAAAUGAGAGAGAGAAGGAGGAGAGCGGGGUGACACCUGCUAUAUUAGAUUCGUCUGCAAUGCCUGAUUUCCCUGCUUUACCUUACACACCUGAUUCACCUGCUGCACCUGAUUCGCCUGCCGCACCUGAUUCACCUGCCGCACCUGAUUCACCUGCCGCACCUGAUUCACCUGCCGCACCUGAUUCACCUGCCGCACCUGAUUCGCCUGUCGGAGCUGAACCAGCUGCUCCUUUCAGCCCUGCCUCUCCGGCUGCGUCUGACUCCGAGUUGGUGGCUCAAGUUGAGAGCGAGGAGGAGGAGAGGGUAUUGGUGCCUGCUGGCGCAAAGGGGGAGGAUAAUGUGGCAGUGCCGGCAGGUGAUGCAAGCGUGAGUGGCCAGAGCACAUCAGAGGCUGCUUCGAAGAGAAUUGAAGUGUCAGAGCCUGCGCCUGUGGCAGCAGUAGAAGCUGAAUGGGCAGACAUGGGAGGAUCAGCAGCGGUGGAAGGCGAAGCAGCGGUGGCGGGAGAAGAAGCAGUGGAAGGGUCAGCAGCGUUGGAAGGAGAAUCAGUAGAAGGAGCAGCAGCAGCACUGGUGGCUGAAGCACCAGGAGCAAGGGAGGACGGGCAAGCAGCAGAAGAUGAGACAACACCCCCCUUGGUGGAGCAGACGCAAGCAGCAGCAAUGGCAGCAGGAGCUCCAUUGGUUGACACCGUUCACCCUCUUCCCACCCACUCCUCGUCCCUUGCUGUUCCCUCUCCUCCCUCUCCCCUCCCUGCGCCCUCUGUUCCCUCUGUCCCCUCUCCUCCAUCUGUUUCCUGCCGCCCUGCCAACUCAUGGAUCCACCCAGCACAGCCUUCUUCCCACUCCGGCUCUGAUUCCGAAUCUGACUGGUCCGACUCCGAACCUGCGCCCAAGCCUGUUCCCAUCCGAGCCUGGAGGGCAGGUAUGGCGAGUGCAGCAGCAGAAGCACCGUCUCCUGUGCCGGCUCCCGCUCCUGUUGUUCAAACUGCAGCAGUGGGGCGACUGCGAAGUGACUUCCUCAACCGCUUCCAGCAGCAGCAGCAAUCUGAGCAGCCCUCUUUGCCUCCUCUUGGGUCUCCACAGCAGCAGCAGCAGCAGCAGCAGCGGCAGCAGCUGCAGCAGGUGGAGGGAGAGAAGGAGGGAGAGGAAGAGGAAGAGGGUACGGCGAUAAUGGAGGUGAAGGAAGGGGGUGUGUCAACAGGAGAUGAUGAAGCUGCAGUGGCAAUGGCAGAGGGUGAGGAGGAGAGGGUGGUGAAGGAAGAGGGAGUGGAAACAACAGAGGAAGAAAGUGUGGAAAGGGGAGAGGAGGAGGGAGUAGAAGCAACAGAGGAGGAGGGAGUAGAAGCAACAGAGGAGGAGGGAGUGGAAGCAACAGAGGAGGAGGGAGUGGAAGCAACAGAGGAGGAGGGAGUGGAAGCAACAGAGGAGGAGGGAGUAGAAGCAACAGAGGAGGAGGGAGUGGAAGUGGGUGCGGUUGAACUUGAGAAUGUGGGGAAUAAGGAUGCAAGAAUGGACGAGGAAGAGAGGAUGGAAGAGGGUAAGGAAGAGAGGAUGGAAGAGGGUAAGGUAGAGAGGAUGGAAGAGGGUAAGGUAGAGAGGAUGGAAGAGGGUAAGGUAGAGAGGAUGGAAGAGGGUAAGGUAGAGAGGAUGGAAGAGGGUAAGGUAGAGAGGAUGGAAGAGGGUAAGGUAGAGAGGAUGGAAGAGGGUAAGCAAGUGAGUGAGAAAGAGUUUGAGGAAGAGAGGAAGGAAGAGAAGGAAGAGGAGGGUAAGGAAGAGAGGGUGGAAGAGGGUGAGGAGGAGACAUUGGAAGAUGGCGGUAAGGAGCGAGAAGAAGCGAGUAGGGAAGAGAGGAUGGAAGAGGAAGAGAGAGUGGAAGAGGAAGAGAGGGUGGAAGAGGAAGAGAGAGUGGAAGAGAGUAAGGAGGAGAGGGAGGAAGUAGGUACGGAAGAGAGGGAGGACGAGGGUACCGAGAAGAGGGCGGAAGAGAGUAAGGAAGAAACAGAGGAAGAGGUUAAGGAAGAAAGAGAGGAGGAAGUGACGGGAGAGGCAGAGGAAGGGGUUAAGGAAGAAAGAGAAGUGGAAGUGAAGGGAGAGAGAGAGGAAGAGGCUAUGGAGGAGACAAAGGGAAAUGAUGCCUUGGCUGUCCCUUCCCCACCCGCACUCUCAUCCUCUCAUCCUCCCACCACCAUCUCUCCAGCUCAACAUCCCACCACAGCCAUAACCGUCAAUCCACGUGCCUCACAUUCAUGGAUGAAAAAGCAGCAGACCCACUCCUCCGAUUCAGGCUCGGACUCUGACUGGUCCGACUCCGAACCUGUGCCGAAGCCUGUGCCCAUCCGAGCCUGGAGGCCAGGUGCGGGGAGUGGUGUAGCGUCAGUGGCGGCUGCGCCUGCCGCGUCUCCUGCUGCCCAGCCAGCAGUGGUGGGGCGACUGCGAAGUGACUUCCUCAACCGCUUCCAGCAGCAGCAGCAGCAGCAGCAGCAGCAGCAGCAGCAGAUGAUAGAGGGAGAAGGGAAGAGAGAGGGAGAGGGUGCGACAAUACUGGAGGUGAAGGACGAGGGUGUGUCAACAGCGGAAGAUCAUGAGGGAGAGGAAGUGAUAGUGACAGAGAGUGAGGAGGACAGAGCGGUUAAGAAAGGAGAUUCAACAAUAAUGGAGGUGAUGGAAGUGGGUAUGUCAGCGGAAGAUCAUGAGGGAGAGGAAGUGAUAGUGACAGAUGGUGAGGAGGAGAGAGCGGUUAAGGAAGAGGGAGUGGAAGCGAGAGAGGGAGAGGGAGUGGAAGCAACAGAGGAAGAGGGAGAGAAAGUGGGUGCGAUCGAGGGUGUGGGGGGUAAGGAAGCAAGGAUGGACGAGGAAGAGAGGGUGGAAGAGGGUAAGGAAGAGAGAGUGGAAGAGGGUAGGGUCGAGAGGGUGGAAGAGGGUAGGGACGAGAGAUUGGAAGAGGAUAAGGAAGAGAGAGUGGAAGAGGGUAGGGACGAGAGAUUGGAAGAGGAUAAGGAAGAGAGAGUGGAAGAGGGUAAGGAAGAGAGAGUGGAAGAGGGUACGGAAGAGAGAGUGGAAGAGGGUAAGGAGGAGAGUACAGAAGAGGCUGGGUAUGAGCGAGUGGAAGAGGAUAGUGAGGUAGUGGCAGCGAGUAAGGAGGAGAGGAUGGACGAGGAAGAGAGAGUGGAAGAGGGUAAGGAGGAGAGGAUGGAAGAGAUGCAGGAAGAGGCUAAGGAAGAAAGAGAGGAAGAGGGUAACGAAGAGACCAAGGAAGAGGGUAAGGAAGAGAUGAAGGAAGAAAGAGAGGAAGGUGGUAAUGAAGAGACUAAGGAAGACAGUAAGGAAGAGGUGAAGGAAGGAGAGGAAGAGGCUAAGGAGGAAAUCAAGGGAGAUGGUGCGGCGAGUGGUGUGGCGGCAGUAGCACCUGCGCCUGCCGCCUCUCCUCCCUCACAAACUGGCCCCGUGGGACGACUGCGGAGUGUGGUUGACUCUGAUAUUGCGGCUGAUGCUUCUGCUGCAGCUGAGGAUGAAUACGUUCCUGAAAACUCUGGUGAUUUGGCAGCAGAGCCAGGAGCAGCAGCAACAACAACAGGGGCAGAAACGGCACUGGCAGUUGUUGCUGGGGAUGAGGUUGGAGAGGGAGAGGGGGCAGAGACGGUGCAAGAGGAAGAGGUGCAGUCAGGUGAAUUUUCAGGUGGAGAGGUGUUACAAGGCGACCUGGUUCCGGCUGACGUGGCAUCAGACCCAUCCACUCCUGUGCCAGCUGACGUGGCAUCAGGCCCAUCCACUCCUGUGCCAGCUGACGUGGCAUCAGGUCCAUCCACUUCUGUACCAGCUGAUAUGGCAGCAGAUGCACCGUCAUUACCUGAACCAUCUGUUCAUCCAACAAUCGUCUCCUCCUCUCAGCCACUUUCCUCCCCUCAGCCUUCUACUCCUCCUCACCGCACAGCACCUGCCGUUACCAUCAAGCCUCGCGCUGCAGAAUCAUGGAUGAAGCGACCCAAUCAGGACUCUGACUCAGGCUCGGACUCUGAUUGGUCCGAUUCCGAACCUGCGCCCAAGCCCGUGCCCAUCCGAGCCUGGAGGCCAGGCAUGGCAAGCGCAGCGGCAGCAGCACCGACCCCUGCAUCUGCCGCCUCUCCUACUGCAGCAGCACCGGCUCCUACCCAAACUGCAUCAGUGGGGCGACUGCGGAGUGACUUCCUCAACCGCUUCCAGCAGCAGCCUGAGCAACUCCCUGUGCCUCCUUUCAGAUCUCCACAGCAGCAGCAUCAGCAGCUGUUGGCCGUGUCUCCUGAACAGGGAGAGGGCGUCAUUAGCAAGGUAGAGGAGGAGGGGGGUGAGUUUGAAGGCAGAGGAGAGGGUGGGGGGAGCAUGAGAGCAGAGGGUGUGGAAUCUGCGGCUGCUGAAGGUCCGCUGGCUGAUGCUGUGGGGGAGUUCUCUGCUGAGGUGGCAUCAGAAACUCCUGCUGACGUGGCAGUGGAAGCAACGGCUGAUGUGGCCACGGAAGCACCUGCUGAGGUGGCAGCGGAAGCACCUGUUGACGUGGCAGCGGAAGCACCUGCUGACGUGACAGCGGAAGCGGCUGCUGACGUGGCAUCGGGUGCGGCUGCUGACGUGGCAUCGGGAGCGGCUGCUGAAGUGGCAUCGAAAGCACUUGCUGAGGUGGAGGAGCAGGAGAAUGAGGCAUGGGAGGAAGAGAAGGGGGAAGAGGGUGGAGAAGGAGGAGAGGAGGAAAACGAGGAGGAUGAAAAAGAAGAGGAAGAAACGAAAGAAACAAAGGAGGAAGAAUUGGAGAAUGAGGAGGCGGAGGUAGAGGAGGAGGGUGCAGAAGGUGGGGAGGCUGCGGAGGGGGAGGAGGGUGCAGGGGAAGAGGAGGAAGGAGGGAGUGAGGCAGGAGAGGAAUCCACUGAGGAGGUGACUGUAGAAGUGACAGAGGAAUAUGAGGAGGUGACUGUAGAGGAAACGGAGGAGUAUGAAGAAGUGACAGUCGAAGUGACAGAGGAAUAUGAGGAAGUGACUGUAGAAGUGGAAGAAACGGGAGAAUAUGAGGAAGUGACUGUAGAAGUGGAAGAAACGGGAGAAUAUGAGGAGGUGACUGUAGAAGAAACGGCGGAAUACGAGGAGGUAACUGUAGAGGUAACAGAAGAAUACACUGAAGAGGAAGUUACUGUAGAAGUUACAGAGGAGUAUACAGAAGAGGAGGUUACUGUAGAGGUUACAGAGGAAGUCACAGACGAGGAUAAAUCAAAGGAGGUGGCAGAGGAGGGAGCAGGUGCAGCAGGUGGAAAAGAAGGAGAAAGCGCAGAGGGACAAGAUUCGGAAGGGGAGCAACAGGAGGAAGAGCAGGAGGAGGAACAGGAGGAGGAGCAGGAGGAGGACUAUGAAGAGUAUGAGGAGCAGGAAGAGGAAGAAGAGGAAGAGGAGGAGGAAGAGGAGGAGGAGGAGGAGGCAAGUGAAAAAGAGAGCACAAACAGCAGCCCGAGGAGCAAGCCAGAGGAGAAGGAAGAGGAGGACGAGGAAGCGAGGAUAAAGCGGCAGGAGCAGGAGGAGAGGAACGCGGAGGAGCAGCGGGCGCUGCGGCUGCGUGUGGCGAGCAUGAAGCGGUUCAAUGCGGUGCUGGGGGAGCUCAGAUUCCGCCAGGGCAUCCGCGAGGAGGGGGAGGGGGAGGGCGGCACAGGGGGUGGCGGAGGGGGAGGAGCAGGGGCGGGUGAGGGGAGCGGGACGGGCGCGUCUGGGACAGGAAGUGGAGGUGCUGUGGGGCAAGCGGGGGGAGCAGCAGCAGGAGUGGCUCCUAUUGCGCUUCCGGCCAUGGCAGGUGCUGCUGGUCGGCAGCAGCCCAAUCCUCACAGUCCGGGCAAGCGGUCACGCAUGCUGUCGCUGGUGGCGUCACAGGGUCUGCAUGUGCCGGCCAGUGCAGUGACUCGGGAGAUCAUGGGGCUCACAGGGGGGAGUGCUGGGCUGGGGAGUCGGAGCAUGGUGGUUCGGGACAGUAUGGGGCGUGCGGGAGGGGGUGGUGCUAACCUGGGGCUGAGUCGGAGUAUGGUGAAGGAACGAAAGCAGCCUUCGUUGCUGGAUAGUAGUGGUAGCGAGGAGGAAGAGGAGGAGGAGGAAGAGGAGGAAGAGGAGGAAGAGGAGGUGGAGGAGGAGGAGGAAGAGGAUGAUAAUGAUGAGGAGGGUGAGGGUGGAGCAGAGGAAGGGGAGGGAGAAGAAGAGGAAGAGGAAGAAGAGGAGGGGGAGGAGGAAGAGUAUGGAGAGGCGGCGGAGGAGGAGGAAGCAGGGGGAGAGGGAGGAGACGAGGGAGAGGAGGAGGAGGAGGAUGCACAGGAGGAAGUAGAUGGAGUGGAUCAAAAAGAGAAUGAGGAAAGCGCGGAGGAGGAAGAGAAGGAGGAGAACGAGGAGAAUGAGGAGCAGGAGGACUUAGAGCACGAAGAUAUGGAGGUUGGGGGCGAGGCGACUUGGAAGAUGGAGGGAGCGGAGGAGGGUCCAGGUGAAGGGGAGUCAGCUGAGGAGGACGAUGAGAGCAAUGAGGAGGAAGAGGAGGAGGAGGUAGAGCAGGAGGACCUGGAGGAGGACGCAGCAGGACACACGGAUAUGGAGGUCAGGGGCGAGGAGUCUUGGGACAUGGAGGCUGAGGAGGGCCCAGGUGAGGAGGAAGAGGAGAAUGAGAAGGUAGAGCACGAGACAGAGCACACCGAUAUGGAGAUCAGGGGCGAUGAGUCUUGGGACUUGGAGGAGGCUGAGGACGCUCCCGCUGAGGAUGCUCCAACCGAGGACACUCCAGCUGAGGAGAGCCCAGCUGAGGCAGGAGGAGGAGCGGAUGAGGAAGCAGGCAGUGAUUCUGCCAAAGACCCCCUGCUGCUGAAUGUGUCUGAGGGUGAGGGGCGUGUGAAGGCCCUUGCUGCUGCUAUGCUGUCGCCUACUGCUACUGCUGCUGAUACCACCACUGCAUCCCCUAAAGAGGCGGUGGCGUUAGGUGUUGCUGGGGGGCGUGUGAAGGCUCUUGCUGCUGUGGUGGCGUCUGCUGCUGCUGAUACCACCAGUGCACCCUCUAACAAGGCUGCGACUGUGGACGUUUCUGCUGGGAGGGUGAAAGCACUGGCUGCUGUGGUGGCUUCAUCUGCGUCUGCUGACGCCACCAGUGCACCCUCUAAGGAACCAGCGACUCUGAAUGUUGCAGAGGGGCGUGUGAAGGCUCUUGCUGCUGUGGUGGCGUCUGCAACUCCUGACACCACAGCUGCAGCCCCGAAAGAGGCAGCAACUAUAAAUGUUCCUGGCGGGCAUGUGAAAGCUCUUGCUGCCGUGGUUGCGUCAACUGCUGCUCCUGCUGACGCCACCAGUGCAUCCCCCAAAGCGGCGGCGGCUGUAGAUAUCGCUGGCGGGCAUGUGAAAGCUCUGGCUGCUGUGGUGGCGUCUGUGGGUGCUGCUGGUGCCACCAGUGCACCCUCUAACGAGUCAGCGGGUCUAGAUGUUGCUGGUGGGCGUGUGAAGGCUCUUGCUGCCUUUGCGGCUGCUCCUGCUGCUGAUGAUACCACCAGUGCACCCUCUAAAGAGUCACCGGGUCUAGAUAUUGCUGGGGGGAGGGUGAAGGCGCUGGCUGCUGCGGUGGCAUCCACUGCUGCUGCUGACGCCACCAGUGCACCCCCUAAAGAGGUGGUGGUGACUGGAGACUUUGCUGAGGGAUGGGUGAAGGCUCUUGCUCCCUCUGUGCCUGCUCCUGCUGCUGCUGAUACCACCAUUGCACCCCUUGAAGAGGCAGCGGCUCUAGAUGUUGCAGAGGGGCGUGUGAAGGCUCUUGCUGCUCUGGUGGCUUCUGUGGCAGCUGCUGACUCUGUCAGUGCAACGCCUAAAGGUGUGGCGAAUCCUGAUUUUGCAGAGGGGCGUGUGAAGGCUCUUGCUGCUCGGGCUGCCUCUGCUGCUGCAAACAACAGUGCUGAAAGCACCGGCGGUGCUUCAAAGGACUUGGUCUCUCUGGAGGUUGGAGAGGGGCGGGUGAGAGAGCUCGCUGCUAUGGCUGCCUCUGCUGCUGCCAACAGCAGUGCAACCGCCAGUGCUGCUUCAAAUGACCCCUCUCUGGAUGUUGCUGGGGGGAGAGUGAGAGAGCUCGCUGCUCUGGCUGCCUCUGCUGCUGCCAAUAACAGUGCUGAAACUGCUGACAGUGCUCCAAAGGACUCCUCUCUGGACGCUGGUGAGGGCCGUGUGAAGGCCCUGGCUGCUCUUGCUUCCACUGGUGCUACCUCUGGUAACAAUGUUAGUCAAGGCCAAUCUAAUAGCAAUGGUGAACCCACCACGCUGUACGGCAAUGACAAGAGCAUCCAGCAGCAGCAGCAGCAGCACUACCCUGCUCCCUCCCCACGCCUCAUCCACCGUCCCUACUCCCCGUCACCGCGCUCCAUCCCUCACUCCCCAUCCGCCCAUCUCCCCUGCUACACUCGCUGCCCCUCCACCCAUCUCGUGAGCCCCAUUCGCCCCCGAAGAAGCUUCAGCCCUAGUAGGUUCCGGGCAUUUGAUGCUGCAGCAGUGGCAGCAGCAGCCUUGUCAGGAGUUUCCCCUCAGCGCCGCCGCUCCCCUUCGCCGAACCUCCCACGUUAUUCCGCCUCUCCGGGGGCUUAUCCUAGCGGCUUUCCCAUCCGAACCUCGUCUGUGAGCCCGAGCCAGUCACCCAUGGCCCGAGGCCUGCCUCCACGGCUGCCGCCGAGGUUCGGCAGCAGCGUGAGGUUUGGUGGGGGUGCGAGGGACCCGAGGUUUGGCGAGUUCCGUGAUUCGUCGAGAGAUUCAGAUUUCCGCGAGGGGGCGGGGAGGAGAGGUGCUGGCAUGGGGGAGGUAGGGGGAGGUGGAGCAGGAGGGGUUGGGGGUUUGGGGAGUGGGGGAGGGAGUGGGGGAUACAGCAAAUCUCGGUCGUUGGAUCGACAGAUAAUGGUGGGAUCACCAGGAGGGAUGGUGGGAGGCGCGGGGGAUGUGCUUAUAACGAAGGGCAGUGGCGGCGGCAUGGAGGGAGAAGGGCAUGAGGGGGAAAUGCUGGGGGAUGAUGCAGAAAACGAGGAGGAGAGAGAGGAGGAAGAUGAAGGGGAGGAUGAGGACGAUGAGGAGGAGGGAGAGGAGGAGCGAGAGGAGAAGGGUCCACCUAGUGAGGGUAUGCAGACACAAGGGCCAGCAGCUGCAACAGUGCCUUCAAGCGAGGCCAACGGGAUUGCUGGCAGUGGCAAGACAUGGAAAGACAUUCUUCUCUCUGUGAAAGCAGCGUCUCAGCCCGGAAGAGCUGUUCCCGGUUCUAAUGCAGGGAGACAAGAGGGUGUGGGUGUUUCUGCCCUGGCAGCUGUAGCGGCAGAGGUUGUAGCGGGAAUGGACGGAGGCAGGGAGGGAGGGGUGGGUGAUGUGGCUGGGGUGUUGGGGAAUGGAGCAUUGGUGUUUGGUGCAGUUGAUGUGGCCGGGGGGACAGCAGGGAAGUCGGUGGGGGCGAUUGGAGAAAUGCAUGGGGAGGCGUGCCGGCAGGAGGGAUGGAAGAGGGCGAGAAGCGUUGCAACUGGAGUAAUGGCGACUGGUGGGGUGAUGGCAGGUGGGCAGCAGCAUUCGAUUUACAGAGGGAUAGCAGAGGGAGAAGAGGAGGGAGGGAUGGAGAACAAAAAGGACGGACCAGCUGUGGUAGAAGGGGAAGUUGUUGGGGGGGUUGGAGCAGAAAAAGAGGCAGCAGAGGGAGAUUUUGCAGCUGCAAACAGCAACACGGGUGCAGAGGGGAGAGGGAGGGUGGAGGAGUGGGGGGGGCAGAGCCCCAUGAGGGAGCUUCUGGGGGCGUUGGAGUCUCCCACCAGAUGGGCUCACUUGUGUGCCAAGAUGGAGCAGCAGAGGCAGCUGUAUGAAGCCCAAGGUGAGCCUUAUGUGUGCCUUAUGAAUCUCAAGGUGAGCCUUAUGUGGGAGAGGAUAGUGUGUAACAGUGUCAAGCUGCUGGGUGCGUUGGAGUCUCCUACCAGAUGGCCUCACCUGUGUGCCAAGAUGGAGCAGCAGAGGCAGCUGUAUGAAGCCCAAGACGACUCAAGAGCCACCCAGCUAUCAGACCUGCCGGACGAGUUCAUCGUCCAGAUCCUCUCUCGCCUCACCGACCCGCUCGACUGGACGGCGUGUCUCGUCCUAUCCAGACGCUUCGCCGCCCUCUCCUGCCUCGCGCUGCAAGCCCUCUACCUCCUCCCGAACCGCCUGCUCCCCAAGCCUCUGCUGGCUCGGUACCUAGCCUGUUACCCGAACCUGGCAGUGCUGUAUCUGCCCUGGAACAGCGUGGAGGUGGAGGGAGAUGAUGUUUUCGAGAUGAUUGCUUUAUCCAGAUUGGAGCUGCAGGCUCUGCAUGUCGAUGUCUUCCCUGGUUACAAU